AUUGAGGAAUCGCCAAGGACAUUCUGGUUUGCAUAUCUUCUCUAGUGCUUGUUUGAUAUGUCUGCCUAUUCAGAAGGUAUAGAUAUUGGAAAAUUGCGACACAAUGCACAUGUCCACAUUGAGAAGGUGUUCUUAGAGCUUGAGCAGAGUGAAGCUCAGAAGAAGGAGCUUAAGAAAAAUCUUGAGCAGAGUGAGAUGCAACUGCAAAUCUUGAAUGAGAAAGCUGCCAUAGAGACAAAUAAGGCCAAUGAAUUGGCGUCAUGGUUGACAGAAGAAAGAAAGAAAUGGGAAAGGGAGAAGCAUAAACUUCAAGAAAGAUUGAAGGAAAAGGAAGAAGAAUUGGCCUCUAGUCAAGCAUUUAACCAAGUACUUAUUGUGAAGCUGAAUGAACAUAAUGCUGAAAUGCACAAGGCUCGUCAUUCGUUAAUCAUGGGCUUGAAAGAAUCAGCAAGCGAUGCUUCUAUUGGGAUGAAGAUAAUGGCAGACCUUGACACCAAACCAUUUAUUGAUGCAACGCAGAGAAUGACUUCAAUAAACUUUUCUGAAAGAGUAUAUCAGAUAAGGCCAUGGAGGUAGGUUCUCUCUGGGAGGAAAAUCUCAGAGAUCCGAGUUGGCAUCCAUUCAAAAUUAUCAUGGACGAAGAAGGAAAGACAAAGGAAGUUAUUGAUGAAGAAGAUGAGAAACUGAAGACCUUGAAGAAUGAAGACGGCCUUUGGUGAUGAAGUAUAUGAGGCUGUGACAACUGCCUUGGCAGAAUUGAGUGAGUACAAUCCCACUAGUAGGUAUCCAAUGCUAGAGCUGUGGAAUUUCAAAGACGGGAGAAAGGCAUCAUUAGCAGAGGGAGUAUCCUACAUUGUGAACCAUUGGAAACCAAGGAAACGGAGUACUGAUCAAUGCUCCAACGGGCAGAAUAAGCGGUCCGACUGGAAAACAUAGUCAA